AUGGCUUUACAUCGUCGCAUUCCCAAGAAAAACCGCAAGAAGCUGAAAUCGGUGGAUCCGUUCAACAACAAAGCCAAUGCAGCUAGAUUUCAGGAUAACAAUAAAAAAAGUAAUCAAGCACCAGCAAAUCUGAAAGAGGAGCAACCGUUAACAAAAGCCAUGAAGAACAUGAUGGCCGCGAACAAUCCGAUUGUCACAAAAGAAGACGUCAAGAAGAAGAAGAAGCAGAAGAACGCGGUUCUUAAACAAGCCGAAGAGUUAGGCAUGAAGAAGGGAAAGUUUGAGACUGUCAAUCGAUUUGUAAAGCGAAUCGAAGGAACUCUCCACUCUCGAAUCAACGAACAAAUCGCUAUUGCAAAGCAUGGUUUGGCUGGAAGAAAGCAGGAGGACAUCGAUGCUGAUUACAAGAAGAUUGAGGAUGCGGAGAAGAGGAAAAAAGAUCAGGAGAAGAGAGAAAUCGAGAAUAAGAUCAAGGAAGCGAAGAAGAAGAGGGAGGAAGAAGCGAGAAGAAGAGAGGAGGCUGAUAAGGCGAAGGAGCAGAGGAAAGCGGAGAAGAGGAAGUUGAAGGAGCAGGAGGAGAAAGAAGAAAAAGAAGAAGAAGAGGAAGGAGACGAGGAAGAAGGAAGUGAUUCAGAUGAUGAUGAUGAUGGUCCCAAACCAAAAAAGAUUCAGAAGGAAGAAUCGAAAAAGGCGCAGAAACUAUCGAAGAAGGAAAGAAGGAAGGAGACAUUGAAAGCUAGAAAAACGGAUGAACAGAAAAGAAAGGGUGGAGAAGCGGUGAUGAAUUCUAGAGAAGUCAUUGAAUUCGGAGAACGCAACGACGCCCCGCCCACUUUCAAUGGUGCUCUCAAGAAGAAGUUCGAACCAUUGAUGGCAAAGGCCGGACAGAAGACUCUUCUACUUCAUUCGAUGCUUCAGAAGGGUUCACAAAAGACAGAGUAUCUGAAUGAUUCCACAAAGAUUCAAGCAGAACGUCAACGAGUUAUUGAUGCUUAUAGAGAUAUGAAGAAGCAGAGGAAUAUUGCUAAUGGAAUCGGUGGACGAGGAGUUCCAAAGUCUGAAUGA